GUGUAAUAAAAUUUUGCUUACAAUUUUUUUGUUUUUCAGGUUCAUUUGCCACUGCAACGUGUACUGUUUGUGGCUAUAGGGUCGAUUCAUCUGUCAUAAAAGAUGACAUUUUUAGUCAAAGAAUCCCUUAUUGUCCCAUUUGCCCUGCGGAAGCUGGAUAUCGAGGUAUAAUGAAACCAGAUAUUGUUUUCUUUGGAGAAGGUCUAUCGGAUGAAUUUCAUGAAGCAUUAGCUAAUGAUAAAGAUGUUUGUGAUCUACUCAUCGUAAUGGGAUCAUCGCUCAAAGUCCGACCGGUUGCAAUGAUUCCCAGUUCAAUACCAACAAAUGUCCCACAGAUUUUAAUAAACAGAGAACCUUUGAAGCAUCUAACAUUUGAUAUUGAACUUCUGGGAGAUUGUGAUGUUAUUAUAGGAGAGAUUUGUCAUCGGCUAGAGACAGAGUGGGUGAUUGAUGAAGAUAUACCACGCUCGCAACUGAAAGAAAUUCCCAUUAGUGUUUCAUCUAAAAGGUCCGCUGUUGUUGCCAAUGAAGCAGUAUCUCUAGACUCUGCAGAAGUAAAUAAUAAUUUUGAAUCAUCGUCAUCACAAGCCGAAACAUACGAUCCAUCCAAUAUUCCUCCUAGUGAGGAAAGCAAUAGUUGUGAUUGUCGAGGUCUGUCGUCUAUUAAAUUAAGUGAUAGCGAAGAUGGGUCUAAUCAAGAACAACCUCCCAUUGAAACAAGUUCGAGUAAAAAAAAUGAGUCUGAUUUUGAAGAUGUCUAUGACAGUAAGCAUAUAUGGCCAACAAGUAGUAGAGAGAGUAUUUCAAAGCGUUUACCAGAUGACAGUUAUUUAUAUUUCCCGCCAAGUCGUUACAUUUUCAAAGGUGCAGAAGUUUAUAGAGAUGGUGAGGAUGAUGACUGUUGUAGUACACCUACUGAUUAUUCAUCAGACUGUGGGUCUCCACAGAGACCCCCUUUAGAUGACAGUACUGGAGAUAUUAGCAAUGAAAUAUCAUCACCACAUUUUCCACCCGUUCGGCCCGUUGCCGAACAGGCACACACCGCAGAUGAGAGCUCUGCAAAAUCUGAACAGCAAGAAGAAAGUCCGAAGACGUAAAUCUUUAAUUUUGUUUUGAAAUAAAUGAAUAAAUAUAUAUAGCACAUACAAUUGCUACUGUUUCAUUGUAAUGUUUCUAAUUCUAUCUGUAAAAUGUAGCCAAAAACACAUUGUAAAUGAUUAUUUCUGUGUUCUUACUUUUAAAAUGUAGAUGCUGAAUGGUUUUAACUAUCUUUGGUGAACUAUUGAAAAUAUGUUGAUGUUAUUUAAUGCAAAUGAUCUGUCCAUACAUGUUCAAGAUACAUUUCUCUGAAAAGAUUUUAAGUGAUAAAAAUACUUUGUAAAAAAAUAAAAAGAAAGAAAAUGUCAUUCACAAUACAUAAAGUAACAUUAAUUGGAGAAGUAAAGUUGCAUUGUUUGUUAAAUGUGCUUUUCUCCCAUUAAAUUAAUUCCAACAGCACACUUAAGACUGAACGUUAUCGAGUUAUUUUGAGCCAGUGAUUGUCAUUUAUUAUAUAAAUAAUACGAAAUAGCAUGUAUGACUUGACUUGUUUGAGAAAACGUAGGACAAUCAUUUUAGACUCUUAUUGUGGAAGAGGCGAGAAGAGAGUGUAAAUACAGUACUUUAUUCUGCUUCACUUGUCUUCAGAAUAUUUAACGUGCAAUUGUGUAAUUAUUUUUUACUAUUUUACUGUUUUUGUAUGUAAACUUUCCUGUUCACUGAAUUUUUUUUAUAGUCACCUAAAGCUUCAUUCUCAAUUAUUUCAUGUUUUAUAUAAAUAUUCAUUUGUUUUUUAAGUAUUAUCCAUGGUGUUAUAUAUUUGUUGAUGUCUAGUUUAAUUACUUGUAUUCAAGUGAAUCCCUUAUUCUAAAAUAUGUAAAGAUAUUAAAUAUUUAUUGGUAUAAUUAGUUGUAUUAAAAUGCCUUUUUGCUCCACCCAAUAUUAUGAUAAUUUUUUUUUUUUUUUUUUUUUUUUUUUUUUGCAUUAGAUACAAAUGCCUAAGAUUUACUUCAAUUCUUGUCUGGUUUUACAGUAGUGCAUGUAGUUAAACAAAUUUGAGUUUUAAAUGUUAUGACAUUUAUAUAUGUGCAUUUGAUUGAUGAUCUGCUUGCAUAUUUAUGAGUGUGCUUAUUUUAGAGGCUUCUAAACGGGAAAGAGUAAUCAAAGUAACCUAUAUUUAAUAUAUGAAAUGCCUGAUCCAGAUCUAUAAAACAUGAAUGCAUUGUGCCAAAUUUUUUUUUACAGAUUUUAUUAGUCAAAAUUUUUAACUUUUAUAAUUUCCUAUAUUUAUUAGUUUUUUUUAAUGAAUAGAUACACUUUGCAUAUUUCCAAACAAAUUGCAUUUUUCCAAAUGAAGUUUUAAAAAUGUAAUUAGCAUUCUGCAUUUUGCAAAACGUAUUAGCAUAUAUUUGAUUUGCUAUCUUUCAUUUCAAUGCUUUUACAGUAUUGCAGCCUCUGAAGAUAUAUGAACUAGUAUCUCCCUUAUUUUUAACCUCUUCCUGUGAUUGUUAGAUACUGGGGACCAAGCAUAAUGUUAUUUUUGAAAUUUGCUUUGUGAAAAUUUUAAGCAUACUUUUAAAAGUCCACUGAACUGAUUCAUAAAUUGUAACAUGGGUAAAGAUGAAAUUAUUGUGUUACAGUGUCUUGAUAUUUACCUUAAAUGAAUUUAUUUGUUGUAAUUCUAUCCUGUUUUCUAUUUAGCUCACAUAUUUAGUAUAAUUUAAAAUUUUUUCAUAGUGCAUCAACUUCCUCUUUGUUUGUCACCAAAUUAUUUUGUGAUUUAAAAGCUCUCUAAAAUCCAUUAGAUUUUCAUUAUCAUUAUGAAAUAAAUCUUCUGUGUAACAAAAGCUAAAAACUGUGGGCACUUGAAUGCUUUUCUGUGAAAUACAUUACUAUUUGUAAGAAUGUAAUGUUCUUUUUAUUGAAGUUUGACACAUAAUACAAUCUAUAAAAGCUUUUCAAAUUCUUGAUUACUGACUUAAAUUUCUUAAGGUAGUUAUAUAAAAUUAUUCCAACUCCACAGGUAUCUCAUUUUUCAAUUUUUUUUUUUUAUGCUUCUGAUAUGUAAUGACUAUUUAAGAAAAUAUUUACAGAAUGAUGUAUAAUCUGAAUUCUUAUUUUCCGAUUUAAAUUGACUGUGAGAAAACUCAUGCAAAGUAAUUCCGUGCACCUUCUAUAUAUGGAUCUGGACAGUAUAUAUGCAAUUUUAAUUUUUUGAGUCAGCAAUUAAGUGAUCUACAUUUGUUGGAUAUUUUUGUAAAUCAUGUCAUAAAAUGUAGAAGACUGCUCUAUGGUUUUAUCAGUGUUGUACAUAAGCUUUCUUCUCCAAUCUUUUUUAUUUUUUUUUUUUUUUUCUUUAAGUUUCAUUUGUAAUGUAUAAACUAGCAUUUUUGCUGCUAUUUGCUGCAUGUGACUUUUGAAUUAGUGUUAAUGUGUAAAUAAUUUUUUAAAGAUAAUGAAGUUCAGAGUGAGAGGACAUUUAGAGAAAUAACUCUGUAGGUCCUUUGUAAAGUUUCUUUUUCUUUCCUCUCGCAGCGAACGUUGAGAAUGAGAGAUUUUUCUUCAUCAUAUGUAAAAUAAGGUUUUUAAUUAUGUUAAAAAGAUGGAAAAACUCUGAAGGUUGUGCAAUAUAUUAAAUUAUAUUCUAUUAACGCACGCACUCUUUUUGAAAUAAGUAUUUUUUAUGAAAGAGCAGCAGAUUAAAAAUGACAUGCACAAGAAUUUAGCAACUUGCUAGUUUUAUGUAUAUUAAGAGUAAAUAUUUUUUGUGUUUUGUUUUGAUAGCAUUUUGUUUUUAUGUUAUUUAUUGAACAAGUUAAUGAUAAUAUUUUGAAUUGGUAACCGAAAUGUUUUUAUUUUAACAUAUAAAUUUUAGAAAUAUUUUUGGCUUUUUUCAUAAAUCAGUAAAUUCAAAUGUUCUGUAUAAUUUUUUCAGUGUUUCAGUUUUGUGUUUCUGUUAUAAAUAAAUGUACUUACAAAUA